UUUCCCAGCGUGCUUUGAGACCGGUCGGUGAAAGUGUCGGGUCCCUGAUGGACUGGAGAAAAUAUUGAAAAGCUGGAAAUCCGGCCACGAAACUGUCCUGCUGAAGGGUCUCGGCCCAGAACGUCGAUUGUACGUUUUUCCAAAGGUCAAUGACGAUUGGUUUUCCAAACAAGGGCCAGAAGUAAUUAGUGCAUUUCAGUGAUUUUAGUUUCAUUUAUUUUAGUCUUUAAAUGUGUACAAUGCAUUUGAAAUACCGCUAUCUGUAUUUCCAUACGAAAAUAAUGAAGAAAAACUAUCUUUAAGACCCAUUUCCCCCUGCAUCCCAGUAACUAAGGAAGUAGAGACACAAAGGAAGUGCACAAAGGAAGGAUUUAACCCAGACUUCAAAUGAACGAAUAAACAUGAAAGAUCAUGAAGAGAUCUUUAGGGGGUUUGACAGGAUGGAUAUAGAGGAAUCUAUAGACACAAGAGAGCAAGUAUCAGCCAGAUAGCUUGCAUUAAGAUAUGUGCCACAACUCUGAGGGGCCGAAGGGUACAAAGUAGCCCCCUCCUUUUUGAGAAUCGCAAGAUCGCUAUUAAUUCAGGUCUGGGACCCAGGAAAUGAGAGAAUCCACAAGGUUUUGGAAUGUGUCCUGGCCUCAGCGAAACAAAACCACUGAUAACAGCCAUUGUCUCUUUGGAGACGGAAUUGUGUAUUGAGUACUGUACUAUUUAUUGAAGCCCCUCAGGGGACAACCAGAGUGGUCUGGUUGAGGGAUUGCAUCAUCCCAACCUGAUUGACAUCUGAGACCCCGUGAGUAAGGAUAAAAGAGGGUCUGGGGAACAACCCCUUGAGACGCACCAGGAGAAACGCUGGAAAGCCAGUGACAGCGUUUUAUAGUGAACGCCGGUGAGGGCCCGUGUGCGUCCUCCCUUGCCAGGGUAGUGGGCUCAUCACGAAAGAACGGCUUAGCUAAAGGAGAGGCCACAAAUGAACGGCCACGACAAUGAGACUCUGAUGGAUCAAAAUCAUAAAAGGAAAGCCGGCAAGUUUUUCUCCCAAAACUCACUCUCUCUCCAACCAUUGCAAACCCAGCGGUCCCCAAAGGCUGCAGCCUGCAUGAACUGAGUGAACUUUAUAUUUCCAUCGGACAAUACAUUAACCCCUAGACAACAAUAGAGCUAUUUCUUAUUGAUUAUUAUUAUACCCGCACUUUUAGAUUUAGUACUGACGACGUAUAUUAUCAGUAUGUUUGCAUUGAUAAUAUUUUUGUGUAGUUUUACUAAUAAAUACUGUUAAAAAUAGUACCAUCAGUCUUCAAUGGACCUCUCUAUCUUUGCUGGUAAGUGACCCAGUUACAGGUUUCGUAACAAAGUGGGGCCUCAUCCGGGAUUUGAUACCAAAUUGGAGGGCCAGUGAAUCGGGCUUGUAAGUCCAAACUUGGGUCCGGUUGCGCGGGUAGCCAGACGGGAAACCAGCAAAGAUGGACGUGGAUGAAUUUAUAGAAAACCCGACUCUGGAGGUGCUAGAGGCGGCCACAAAGUCGGACUUGAUAAAUAUUGCGAAAGGACUAAACCACACGGAGGUGAGGUUGUCAAAUAAAAAGCAGCAGGUGCGGAGGGCCAUAACUCAAUAUUAUAUUGUGAAGAAUGUGUUUUCAGCUGAGGUAUUGGAAAAUAUUCCUGAAAAGGUACCAGCGAGUGGGACGGCUCAGUUAGAGUUGGAGAAAUUAAGGUUGGAACAUGAAAUUAAGUUAAAACAGCUGGAAGCAGCUGAAAAGGAAAAAGAAAGGGCUGAAAAAGAGAAGGAAAGGGCCGAGAAAGAAAAGGAAAGAGCCGAAAAGGAAAAAGAGCAGGAAAGAGCCAAAAAACAAAGGGACCAUGUGCUCCAGCUAAAGGAGUUAGAGGUGAAGAGGGAGCAGGAAAGAGCUGAGAAACAAAGGGAGCAUGAAAUUCAGUUAAAACAGCUGGAAGCAGCUGAAAAAGAGAAAGAAAGGGCCGAAAGGGAGAAGGAAAGGGCCGAAAAAGAGAAGGAGAGGGAAAGAACUGAGAACCAAAGGGAGAAGGAGAAACAGAGGCAACAUGACUUGGACAUGGAGAAGUUAAGGCAAGAGCGAAGAGCUCAAGGGUCAGACUGAGAGAAGUGGUUUAGUGUUAGUCGGGAGUUCAGGUUAGUACCUCUGUUCGAGGAGACGGAUAUUGAUAGUUAUUUCUUGCAUUUUGAAAAGGUGGCAGUGAGUCAGAAGUGGCCCAAAGAGUAAUGGGUAGUGUUGUUACAAAGUGUGUUAAAAGGGAAGGCACAACGGGCAUAUGCAGUGUUGUCCAUGGAGGAGGAGUCUGAGAAUUAUGAGAAAGUAAAGGAGGCCAUUCUUUGGACCUACAAAUUGGUACCUGAAGCCUAUAGACAAAAGUUCAGAAAUUUAAAGAAAGUGUGGAAUCAGACAUAUGCAGAGUUUGCCUAUAAAAAGGAUAUGCUCUUGGAUCGUUGGUGUGCAGCAGAAAUAAUGGAAGAAGAUUUUUGUCAUCUCAGGGAGUUAAUUCUGAUUGAGGAAUUUAAAGGUUGUGUUUUGGAUGAUAUCCAGAUGUAUUUGAAUGAGAAGCCGAAUAAGUCCAUCUCCGAAUUUGCUAGGUUCGCAGAUGAAUAUGUCCUAACCCACAAGACAAAGUUUUCCUCAAAUAAAAGUUACCAGGGAGACCGUGGGAACGGUAGAGAAAGCCCACCGGCUGAGGCAGAGAUCCCGCCGGGAGCUAGUGGUAAAAUUGAGGAGGUAAAGCAAGACGGAAGGAGAGGUCCUGGCUUGACCUGUUUUAAUUGUGGAAAGGUGGGUCAUAUUGUAUCUGGGUGCCUUGCUCCGAGGAAGGAGACAGGAAAAUGGAAAGCAGCAGUCCCUAUAGGAUGUGCUGUGGUGAUCAGUAAAUCGACGAGAGAGCCCCAGGUAGACAGAGUACGAGAAGGGUCUGAGAAAUGUAUUUCAGAAGGAACCGUGUCUGUGAGAGAGGGAGACACACCAGUUCCACUGCGGAUCUGGAGAGACACGGGAGCUGAGCUGUCAUUGAUUAGCAAGGUACUGGAUUUUGGUCGCAAGACUGGAGAGGUGGUUUUGAGAGGCAUAGGAAAAGGAACAGAAGCGGUGGCCUUGCAUAGGAUCAUUAUAAAUUGUGAGCAGGUAUUUGGACCAGUUGAAAUAGGGGUGCAAUCAGAAUUCCCGAGAACUGAAGUAGACAUUCUGGGUAACAAUUUAGCUGGUGGUGACGUUUGGUCGGCCAUGGAGCUGACGAGCUGGCCUGUAAGUGUUGAGGACCCGCCCCUAGAUUCCAAGAUCUAUCCCGCAUGUGCGACCACUCGCAGCAUGUCGAGAAAGGCAGCUGAGAAAGAGGCCAGUUUAAAUCUGGCCAGUAUCAAUUUGGCCGAGACGUUUUUACCGACCCUGUACCAAGAGGGGUUAGAGGGUGGUAAAACGGAGAAUAGGAAAGUGAAAGAGAGUAAGGGAGAGGAGGUAGACCUGCCCUUAGCCAGGAGGAAAUUUAUAGAGGCAUGGAGUAAAGAUGAGCAACAGAUAAGGCUGUUAAAAGGUCCAGGGUUGGACAUGGAUGAUCUGUCUGGUUUGGCAGAACUGUUUAAAGAAGUUGAAAGUUCUAAAGGUGUUCCCGAUAAUGAAAUGAGGGCGGUCCUAGAUGAAAAGGAUGCCAUUAACUUGAAGAAGUCUGCUGGGUUGGCAGAUGAGGUUGUUUCAGCCCACGGGGUUGAGUUUACUCCGGAAGGGAGUUGCCCAGAGAGUAACUGGGAGGAUCAGGGGAAUUUAGAAUUUGAAAAGGGUACGGGUAUUGAAAGCCUGGAAGAGGCAGAUGUCCCGUUUGAGUGUGUUCAAGAUGUGGAUGCACGUGGUACUGAACCUAGUAAUGGAGCUCAGAAAAAGUCUGAGGUAUUUGAUUCAGUUGAAAAGGAAUGCAGUCCUUGUGGGUCAGAUGGACUUGGUUCAGUGAAGAAAGGGUUAACCUUGGUAAUAGUGGGAAGUGAGAAUUCCCAGUUGUUUGUGUUCGAAGGUGUGUUAAAAGUUAGUGAGGAGAUAAAAGGUGGUGAGGUGAAUAUUAUUAUUGAAGGAAAAGGGAAAAGUGCAGUUCCUAAAGUGAAUGAAGAAAACUUAAAGUCUGGAUUGAUGUCAGAAGCAGCAACCAGGCUGCAGAGACAAUGGCUUGGUAACACGAAUGGUGCCUGCGAAUCAAUUACAGGUUGAUUUGGAAUGUAAAGGUGCCCCUCACGCUAUUGUUAUUCAGGAGUGUGCUGUGAAGAGGCAGAAUUUGAAAUGCUGUUUGGACCAAGAGUUUAAACUGAAAACUAAUAGUAUGAAGGGUCCUGAAGAGAAAACUAGCAACUUGCUUAAAAUUAAAGAAUUGUGUGGAAAUUCAGAAAAUGGUCUAAGUUUGGAACACAUUGUUGAUAAAAUAACUCCUAUAAAAGGAGCAUGCAAAAGCCUAUUCCACACUGGUAUACAAGUUAACCACAUGGGAGUUAACUGGAAAAGGGGCGAGGGUUGACGGGAUGCUAUUUUAAAUAACAGGAUCCGGUUUUAAGGGAUUUUGACAAAGCAUGUGAUUAAUAAAGACAACCCCAUGGAAGAUUGACUGUUAAGUUUGAAAGUAAAACAAAGAUUAGUAUUUGCAUGAACUUUUGUAGUAUACAUGUAAGCUAAGAUCACAACUCUUUAGUUUUUGUUUGUUGAAGAAAAGGGAAAUAAAAAAAAAUAGGUGGUUAUUAAAUUGAAGUCUGAUGCUACAAGACUUUAGUAAGGUACAAGAUGUUAGGAUAGUAAAGGAAGUGAUAACGUAAUCAUUAACUGUUUAGAUGCUGAAUUGAAUGUAUAACUGUAUUACUCUGUAGUGAAAAAAAAACUCUUUUGUAUUGUGUUAGAUUCUGAACUCCUGUAAGACUCUGGAUUAAUUCAUUUUUAACCGAUGGUAAAAAUCUUUGAAGGAAGGGGAUGUUACAAAUGUGCCACAACUCUGAGGGGCCGAAGGGUACAAAGUAGCCCCCUCCUUUUUGAGAAUCGCAAGAUCACUAUUAAUUCGGGUCUGGGACCCAGGAAAUGAGAGAGAAUCCACAAGAUUUUGGAAUGUGUCCUGGCCUCAGCGAAACAAAGCCACUGAUAACAGCCAUUGUCUCUUGGAGACGGAAUUGUGUAUUGAGUACUAUACUAUUCAUUGAAGGCCCUGGGGAUGACCAGAGUGGGCUGGUUGAAGGAUUGCAUCAUCCCAACCUGAUUGACAUCUGAGACCCCAUGAGUAAGGAUAAAAGAGGGUCUGGGGAACAACCCCUUUAGACGCACCAGGAGAAACGCUGGAAAGCCAGUGACAGCGUUUUAUAGUGAACGCCCGUGAGGGCCCGUGUGUGUCCUCCCUUGCCAGGGUAGCGGACUCAUCACGGAAGAACGGCUUAGCUAAAGAAGAGGCCACAAGUGAACGGCCACACCAACGAGACUCCGAUGGAUUGAAAUCAUAAAAAGGAAAGCCGGCAAGUUUCUAAAAAUCUCUGUCUCUCCAACAAAGGCUGCAGCCUGAAUGAACUGAGUGACUUUUAUAUUUCCAUCGGACAAUACAUUAUCCCCUGAACAACGAUAGAGCUAUUUCUUAUUUAUUAUUAUACCAGCACUUUUAGUAUUGAUGUAUUUAGUAUUGAUGACGUAUAUUAUCUGUAUGUUUGCAUUGAUAUUAUUUUUGUGUAUUUUUACUAAUAAAUACUGUUAGAAAUAGUACCAUCAGACUUCAACGGACCUCUCUAUCUUUGCAGGUAAGUGACCCAGUUACGGGGUUCGUAACAAUAUGCUGUUGAUAUUAAACUAAUCCUGAUUCUGAUUUUAGCCGUGGAAAGUGUUGGAAAUAUUCAGCAGAUCAGGCUGCAUCUACAAAGGGAAAUUGUUGAUGUCUUAGGGCAAAGACACUUCACUUAUAAUUGUGAUAGUUCGCUUUAGACUUCCACUUACUUGAUUUUCAAUAAACUAAUGUCUUGCAUUUCCAAAACUGAAACUGAGGCAAUUGUUUGUGUGGUUGACAGUCAUACUUCUUAACAAGAGU